AUGAAAUGUUUAAAUAUCCCGACUGAGGAUAUCAAGAAUAUCGAAACAGUUGAAGACACAGAUUGCGCUGGACUGCUAUCAGUGAUUAUUAACUGCAAAUCCUUCCAGUCUCUAGUAGCAGCAGACUUAGGAGCUCCAGAUAACAUUUUUGUUAAGAUGAGAGAAAUCAGAAACAAGACGUUCCAUUCUGCUGGUUACAGCAUUACAGACAGAGACUUGCAGGAGUACAUGAAACUUAUGCUAUCUAUCUUAAAUGAUGCAAUGUUUCUAGCACAUGAUAAAGAUGCUCAGGCUGCAGCUGAAAAGAUACAAGAGAUUGCUGACAGUUCUGUACACGUAUAUUGUGGUGAAGAAGUGCAAGAUUCAGGUCUAAAUCCUGAUUUUGACGAGUGCGACGAAAUAUUUAGAAGUAAGCGAUUCUUUAAAGCUACAGAUACUAUUGAUAUUAUAUCGCUGAGAAAAAUAUAA